UUCGGAAGGAAGAAAUGCAUUGCCACACCGAGUUGGUUCCUGCGGGAAGUUUUCCAGGUCUGACUGACAGCACGUUCACGCCAGAGCCUAGCGACCACAACCAGUAGAACCACUGAUCCGACAAAACAUCAGCACCUCGUCAGCGUCUUCGAUCCUCUGAUAAGAUAUACUCUUUCCAGCGAGCUCGUUUCAGGGCGUCAACGUAGUCGCUCCUUUGGCUUCAAGCUCUUGUCCGUACUGUUGGCAUGAUAAAGUGACUUCGUCACAUGGAGCCUUUCAUUGAACAAGCUGCUUCGUCAAGUGAUCCUUCUGGUUACACCGCUAAUCCCACAGCACACCUACUCAGCAAAAUGGGCCAUCUCCGUUACAAACCAGCUCUCCUACUCGCUACAAUCCUCCUCCUCGCCUACCCUCCCCCACUUCUCUCCCAAACGCCUGCCGACGCCCUAGACUGCUCAACAGAGCAGCUGUACCCUCUAGGUGUCUACGUCUUCUGCUCUCUUCCCAGCCCCUCCAUCCGCUUCACCUGCCUCUUUGGCGGGGGACGGAACGCAUUCACUCGAUGGACAAACAACCCGCAGUGCUACAAGAUAAGGAAAGGCGCCCUCUGGUGCCUCAACUGCCAGAUGCGGUGCAAGCCGCUGCCCCGGUGCUGUGACUCCACCGCUGUAGCGGAUGUGACUCUAGCGAUGAAUUGGACAAACGCUGGCCCGCUGUUCAUGUUCACCCGGAUUUUGGGGCUCAAGUGCCCCGGGAAUGGGGCGUGUUGGUGGGACGGGGGGUACCCUCAGUGCGAUGCAUCAGGCAUGUCAACUAAUAACUUUGUGCCCACCAUGCCCUGUUCCUGGCGCCUCGGAAACUUCAAGAGGGUCAGGUGCUAACCUGCAGUACAUGGUGAGCCACGCCCACUGUGAUUAUGAAGUGGGUACACUGUCUAAUAAAUUGCUGCUUUUAUG